AUGAUCUCCUUCGUUUUAGCUUCGGCAAGUGUAGUGUGGUAUAUCAUCCUAUGGAGCAUAGGGUUGAUUGGCUGCCUUGCUGCUCGCAAGCGGUACAGACUACGACCUCGGUCGCCCUUGGCCUCCGCCGCCGCCAAUACAGUUCCAGGCGUAACCAUCCUCCGCCCCCUCAAAGGUCUUGACCACAACCUGUACGAAAACCUGGAGUCGACAUUUAUGCAAGAAUACCCGAACUUCGAGGUUUUCUUUUGUGUAGAAGACGAGCGUGAUCAGGCCCUUACCAUCGUACGCGAUCUCAUGGCCAAAUAUCCUUCCGUGAAUGCCAGAAUUGCAAUCCGGGACGGAGAACCUGUGGGAGUCAAUCCAAAAAUCAACAACCUCAUCACGGCCUACCGUCAAGCGUCUCAUGACAUCCUCUGGGUGCUGGAUUCCAACGUUAUGGCGGACCGGGGUACGCUUGCUCGAGCCGUGGAUAUCCUCGAACCCCCAUCCACUGCGACCCCGCUGCGCCGGCGCAUAGGCGUUGUACACCAUGUUCCAUUCGCCUGGGUCACCAAGCCUUCCCUUGGUUCCUGCAUCGAGGAGGCAUUUCUCAACACAAACCAUGCCAAGAUGUACAUCGCUAUUAACACCGUGGCGGUCGACUCAUGCGUCGUCGGCAAAUCAUGCCUUUACCGCAAGUCCGACAUGGAGCGUGUCAAUGGCUCUCUGCGUCCCAUCGCCAACGCGGAGCAAGGUGGCUUUCAGCCUGGAGAACGCGGCUUGAAAAUGUUUGGGCGGUUCCUGGCUGAGGACAACAUGAUCGCCGGCUCCCUCUGGCACGAGCUGGGUCUCCGACAUGACAUAUCCUGCGACGUCGCCAAGAACGCGGUGGGAGAUAUGUCACCCAUAGACUACAUCACCCGCCGAAUACGUUGGAUCCGGGUUCGGAAACGCAUGGUUCUCGCCGCGACACUCGCAGAACCAUUUACGGAGUCAAUGUUCGUUGGCGUCCUCACGUCGUUAGGCCUCCGGUAUCUGUUGGGGUUGUCGCCAUGGUUCUUCCUUCCCGUUCACUUCCUGGCGUGGGUCCUUGUCGAUAUGGACGUGUAUACGUCGAUGGCCGGACAUCCCGUUCCUGCCGACAAACGCUGGAUGUUCGUAGUUUCAUGGGCUCUGCGAGAGCUUCUAGCGUUGCCGGUGUGGACAAUGGCGAUGCUUGGAAGCGAGGUGGAAUGGCGUGGCAAACGUUACCGGGUCAUGAAGAAUGGGGAGGUUGAGAGGGUUGCAAGCAUGGCAAGUGGUCUCCUGGGAUGGUUCAGGAAGAGAAAAGAUUUCUAUGAACCUUUAGAUAUCAGCGAUUAG